AAUCCGGAAGUCUCCGGCGGUGACAGGAGGAGCGGCUAUAGUUGAGAGUUUUGGUGUUUCGCGAAAGGCGAGGGUUGCUUCGUUUGCUUCCGUCAACGGCGGGCAGUUUGGCUGUUUGGACAUUCAGGUCCAGUUUUUUGUUCUUUCUUUCUUGCUGCUGCUGCUGCCGCCAUCAUGUCCUCUGAUUUCGAGGGCUACGAGCAAGACUUUUCGGUUCUUACCGCUGAGAUCACGAACCGCAUUGGAAAAAUCCCCAAGUUGGUUGGAGAUGAGAAGAGACAGUUGGUUUCAAGUGUGGAAAAGCAGCUGGAGGAAGCAAGAGAGUUGUUGGAACAAAUGGAACUUGAAGUGCGUGAAAUCCCUCCACAGAGCCGAGCCAUGUACAGCAGUAGAAUGAAGAGCUACAAGCAAGAAAUGGAAAAACUUGAUACAGAUUUUAAAAGGUCACGGAUUGCCUACAGUGACGAGGUGCGGAAUGAGCUCCUAGGGGAUGAUGGGAAUUCCUCAGAGAUCCAGUUGAUAAAAUUACGUGAAGAGAGGGCACAUCUGCUCGAUAACACAGAGAGGCUGGAAAGGUCAUCUCGGAGACUAGAGGCUGGGUACCAAAUAGCAGUGGAAACUG